AUGGACUGGUCGGGAAAAGGAAAAGGCAAAACGGAUACCGGAAUGGCGGAUCUCAUGGACUGGGCCAUGACCAUGGCGUCGAUGUAUGGUCCACCCCCUGGCUGGGAGGACAGCUGGGAAGGUAAAGGCGGCGGUAAAGGCAAGUCGAGUGCUGGAAACGGUUGCGGCAAGGGCAAGUCCGCAGAAGCCAUGACGGCACCAUCAUGCAAGGUCUUUGUUGGUGGCCUGCCCAAGGUCAUUUCCGAAGCCUCGGUGCGACAGUCCUUCGCCCAUUUUGGGAACAUCAUCGAAGUGAAGAUGAUGGUUGGAGCGAUGGGCGAGUCGAAGGGCUAUUGCUUCAUCACCUUCUCCAACAUCCAAGAAGCCAACUCGGUGCUGGCGAAUUAUGACUACAACACCGUGGAGGGAAAGUGGGUGGAUUGCAAGCCCGCGUCGCAAGGCAUGGGGCCCAAAGCUGGAGAUUGGACCUGCCCCAGCUGCGGCGACAACGUCUUCGCUUGGCGCACGGAGUGCAAUCGCUGUGGCACCCCACGGGUGGGGGCCAUGACUGGUGGCGCUGGUGGCGGCAGUCGCCCCGGCGACUGGUUGUGCCCGGCCUGUGGAGAUUUGUGUUUCUCCUCCCAAGAGAACUGCAAGAGCUGCGGUCAAGCCAAACCCGGCGGCGCCAAGCGUAUGGGUUCCAAACCAGGCGAUUGGACCUGCCCUCAAUGUGGUGACCUCGUCUUUGCCUUCAAAAACGCGUGUAGCCUGUGUGGUACCCCAAAGCCAGCGGAGAUACGAUCGUCACCAUACUGUUUCCCCCCCAAGGUGGCGGGGAAAGGGCGACGAUUUAACGAGACGCCGCGGCGGAAAACAGGGGUCCCCGCGGCCUGCCCCGGCAACGCGGAAAGUUCGGAACAAGGCUUCGGUGAUGGCUACAGAUCGCCGCAGGGCGAUCUGUUGCUGCGAGAUGAGAAUCGGGAGGUGUGCCAACAGCAAUUUGAUAUCUUCCUGGUCAAGUCUGCCAGUAGCACCUUGGGGAUUGAUGUGGAUCUCUUGGAGGGCAAUGCCAUGCUGGUCCAAGCCGUUCAAGAGACGGGCGUGUUGUCCGAGUGGAACCGGAGAAAUCCCAGCCAUGCGGUCCAAAAGCACGACCGCAUCGUCAAGGUGAACGGAGUCGAGGGCAAUGCAGACCUCAUGGCGAAGAAAUGUCGUGAAGAUUCAGAUCUCCAACUGACCAUUUGCAGAAGUCGGCCCUAG